AUGGCCAACUUUGCUGCUACUGCCGUGGCCAAGCCCAAGACAAUGGGUUUGGAUCGGCUGUUGUCAAAAUGCUCGUCAUGGCAUUAUCUCAAGAGAGCAGUGGCAUGGAUACUCCGGUUUAAGUCGUUCCUCCUUCAGAAAAUACGUCAACCCAAUGAAGAGAUUCAGUCUGGCCUAGGCGUGUCAGUCCAUGAGCUGAGGCAGGCCGAGAUUGAAAUAGUCAAAUACGUACAGAAGAUAAGUUUCGCUGAGGAGAUCCAGACGUUGAGGGUGGGUAAAGCCCUGAAGAAGCCCAGUCGGCUGUACCUGCUUGAUCCCGUGAUGAGCCAAGAAGGGGUCGUUUGUGUUGGUGGUCGACUGAAGUAUGCACCAAUACCUGAAGAAGCAAAGCAUCAGAUGUUGUUACCCAAGCUUCAUCCAGUCUCCACCUGUAUCGUCGGAUUCUACCACGAGGUCUCCUGUCACUCUGGAAGAGACUAUGUCUUGUCUCUGGUCCGUCAGAAGUUUUGGAUAAUCGAUGGGAGACGAGUCGCUGCCAAGGUGGGAAAUGAUUGCAUGCUAUGCAGAAAACUGAGAGCAUCGUUGCAGAAACCAAGGAUGGCAGACCUGCCCUGGGAUAGGGUCAUUCCUGACAAGCCGCCGUGUACCUACGUUGGAGUUGACUGCUUUGGUCCAUUCAGCGUCAAGAAUGGCCGAAGCAUUCAGAAAAGGUAUGGAUGCCUUUUCACUUGUCUAUGUCUCCGGGCUAUACAUCUCGAGGUCCUUGCUUCAACGGAUACAGAUUCCUUCCUAAAUGCUAUGCAACGCUUCAUCGCCCGCCGCGGGAAACCUGCCCGAGUACGGUCAGAUAACGGCUCAAACUUCUCGGCCCGAGAAAGAGAGAUGCGUCGAUCGGUAAAGGAAUGGAAUCAGCAUCAGAUUGAGACAUUCCUGCAACAACGUGAUAUUGAGUGGCAGUUCAACACCCCCACAGCAUCCCACAUGGGAGGUGUGUGGGAAAGACAGAUACGUUCUGUCCGGAACGUCCUCCAAGCCAUUAUGAUUGAGCAGAGAGUUACUGAUGAGCAGCUAACAACGACAUUCUGCUCAGUCGAAGCCAUCAUCAAUGGGCGCCCACUCACUCCACUAUCGGAAGACCCCACAGAUCUUGAGCCCAUUACGCCUAACCAUCUGCUACUACUCAGGUCGGGUCCUUCUCUACCCCUGGUAGGUUCGUAA